GUUUUACUGUCGUCGCUCCUUUUUGUUGGUCUGUUUCCACUUCAGUUCUUCUCCCUCCGGAAAAGCUACAACCCCAAUCUAAAACCCUAACGGCCAUUUCUACCAUCGGAGCUCCGAAAAUGCCGGGUAUGUCUUCGGAAUCUGGCGGUGGAGAAUUGGUUCUGUUUUCGACCAAGGAAAAAACUCCGGUGUUGUAUCCUCUAAGCUAUGGCCUCAAGUCUCCGGUUCACAGGCUCUCCAUCUCCUGGGGUUGCGGAAACAACCUACGCGUCACGGUUUUAAGGAAUCCAGAGUUACGCGAUGAUGACGACGGAGAAGUUGGUGGUAAGGUCGUAAACGUUAGGCUUAGCGGCGAGGAUGGCGAAAUCAGUGACCCACAGUGGCGAAGGAUCGCUUAUGGAUCGGUAUCUCCGUUCGCGCUUUUGCAGAGCAGAAGAAACUCAAUUUCCAGUUUGUCUAAGAUGGAUAUGAGUUCCUCUCUGUAUCAGACUGCGUGGUGGGAGUACGUAAUGGAAUACAGCAGAGAUAUUAAAUCUCUCCUUAGUAAUACAAUAUCUUUGCCCGCUCCUUUGAUUGAAGACCCGAGAUCAGUUAUAAAGAAUGCUGAGGAACCAACUUCUUUAAAGGCUGCGUGGGAGUUGAUGGAAUUAUUUUAUGCAGAUAAGACAUGUCUGUCUUGGUUGCCAGAACGGCUCGUUGAUUGGUUAUCUGAAUACGAUAUACUCCUUUCUAGCUCACAUCCAACAAUCUACUCAAAGCUCCAGGAUUUCCAAAAGGAACUUGUUGGCCUGCAGGCCAUCGAGGAUGAUCCAAGAUACUGGGAAGUGAUGGCUUCUGCUUUAUCAGUUGGUUGGCUAGAAAUAGUGGUGAAGUUGUUACACCUACAUGGUUCUUAUCAACUAGACCAGCUGGGACAUCGUGAGACAGAAAAUGGUUUGGUAGAAGCGGUUGCUGUUCUCAUUUCAAAAAUGCCACGAAUGCGGCCACAACUAGAAGAUGGGAAAUUUGGUGAAUGCUCUGCAGCAAAGCCUGACUUUAUGAAGACACGAGAAAGAUGGCAGUCUCAGAUAACUAAACUAGAGUGCAGUGCCUUCUGGGUUCAAUGUGCUCACCAUCAGACCCGUGAGGGCUUGAGAAAUAUGUUGAAGAUCAUGAUAGGAAAUGCUGAUUGCCUCAGAGCUGCGACAUGUAACUGGAUGGAGCUUUUUGUUUCACAUCUUCUUUAUCUCAGGCCAUUUACGAAGGGAUUAGAUGGCAUGCAUAGCCUAGCCCAGAAGUGUGUUCAGUCAAAGCCAGUUAACACUUCCCAUAAGCUUCUAAGACUGCUUAUUGGAAUUCUUGGAGAAAAUACUGAGGUUGUUCUGGCAGAGUGUUCCAAAGAAUUUGGCUCCUGGAUGGUUGCACAUGCCAUGGAAUUAUUGACAGCUGGAAGCGAAGAAGGAGAAGUUCUUGUACAUGAGGAACAGCGUAAGUUGGGUGGAAUUAACAUGGAAGAGCUCCAUAGACUUGUUUAUGCUCAAGUUCUUUCUUCUCAUGCUUUGACUUGGCAGAUAGCUCCUAUUUAUCUAGCAUCGUGCGAGAAACAGGGAUUAGGCUUAUUAGAGCUGUUGUUCUACAGGCAGCCUGUUCAAGAGAAUCAGAUGCUUAUUAAGAGCCUAGAGAUUUGCCGUCUCUAUGAACUCAGUAAUGUCAGUGCUAAACUAAUGAAGAUUUCUGGAGUGCAUCAUUGGAAACAUGGGAGGAAAGGCUCAGGGAUUUUCUGGCUCCAGCAAGCUCGGGACGAAAAUUGUCUCAGCGUGAUUGCUCAACAGCUGUUUGAUUCUGUUGGAAAAUCAUUGUCUGAUGAAAGUCUCAAGCAAUGGGAAGGCCUAGUCGAGUUGCUGGGUUCGGAAUCACAGAUCUCUGGUGGUCUCGAUUUUCUUCACAAGUAUAGAGAUUUCAAGAGAUCGCUGAAGGUAGUCCAUGAUGGAAAAACUAUAGAUGCAGCUCAUGAAGCCGUAGAGAGACUUGUAUCGCUAAUGAAGAGCCCUUCUACUCCUCAACGCUUCUGGCUUCCUCUUCUGCAUGAUUCAUUGAAGCUGUUGAAUUGGCCCGAACGUUCGCUGUUGAAUGUAACACAGACCAACCUGAUGUUGAACAAAUUACAAGAGCUAUCAAUAGCAAGGUUAAGACCAGGCUUCAUAGAAUCUGAGUUGUCUGCUCAAGCUGUGGGUUCAGUGAGACUUGCUCUAGCAACAAAUCUCGGACGUGCUUUUCUCGAAGAAUGUUAGCGCGGGUUGAGGCUAAUAAAUCCAUAGCUCGAUAUCUAUUUGUGUGUAUGGGUUUCGUACUACAUUUAGUCUGUAUUUUUCCAUAUCAAAAUAGACUGAUAGCACUCCAGUUUCCAUCUUUCACUAGUUUGUAAGCUGAUUGCAAAAGUAAAGCAGAAAAGAGAGGUGUUCUGACUGAAAACUGAAAAACAAAAUUCGAUUAUUGUAAGUGGACCGGUUAAAACCGGUUUAGUUAGUCCUUGGAGAAAACGACACAGGCUGUGUCGUUUUAGAAAUGUUUGUUAUGAAGCUGGUCAAUUCUAUCUAUU